CAACAGUCAACACCAGAUCCUACGAUCGACAACUGAGUCUCUUUUCGACGAGCUAAGACAGUUUUGUAUUUAUUUAAAUUCACGUGUUCAGACUGUUCAAAAAGUUCUUGAUUUGUGUCACCUUAAUAUAUCACUACAUAACAUAAAUAUAUUUAAACUGCUGCGAGUCAGGUAGCCAUGGCUUCAAAAAAUCAAUACUGUUUAAACCCAAUUUGUGAAUCAGUCAAAGACUUGAAAGAAGCGACCAGAAUGGUGUGUGAUCACUUCAAUGUUACAUAUAGACGAUUCCUAAAGGUAUGUGUGCAUUGUUUAAGGAAAUGUUUGAAUUAUACUAAACGUCAUAAAAUGGAAUUUAAAGCUGCAGAAAGCUUGUCUUUUAAUUAUGGUUCAUAUUCUGAUGCGAUACAACGUAUAAAUAUUAAAAACACCCCAAUUGGAGACAUAACUAAACCAGUAAAAAUAAAAAAUGUACGACGUCAAACUAAAUAUACCUUGUCUUUACCAAAAAUCAUUCUAAGACCAAAAACAUAUGCAAUUCACAAGUGUAAUUAUUCUUGCGUAGAAUGGACUGACUAUGACCAGAGUAAAACAAAAAAAAUUAAUAUGUUGGCAAUACCAUUAUAUUUUGGUUUCAAAAGACAUACAACAAACGGAUAUGAUGUUAAAAAAUCGAUAACAUAUUAUGAAACUCCCUGUGGAGUUUCUAUUCAAAAUAUAAAUGAAAUGUUGCACUAUCUUGUAACGACUAAAAGCAAAAUGACAAUCGACCAAUUUGAUUUUAAUAGCUCUGUGAACCCAUUGGCCAAAUAUCAUAUUUUAAAACCUAUCAAGUUUUUGGACGAUUUAUCUGAAGGAUUGGAAUUUAGACCAAUAACUUGUGUGAAUAGUAUUAAUGAUGAACUGCCACCAAAAAUUAAGUAUACGAUUACUAGACAAGCAACAGCCGGUGUCAACAUAAAUGUGGAUACUGAUUUUCUAUGCGGAUGUGAUUGCACAGAUAAUUGUCAAGAUAAAUCAAAAUGUGCUUGUUGGCAGAGUACAAUAAACGGACAAGAUAAUAUGCCAGACCUUGAAAAAGAUCCAAAUGCCGGUUAUAUUUAUCGACGAUUGUAUGAAAAUGUACCAACUGGUAUUUAUGAGUGCAAUCAGACAUGCAAAUGCAACAGUUUGUGUUUAAAUCGUGUUGUACAACAACCGAUACCUAAUAACUUACAGUUGUUUAAGACAGAGAAAAAAGGUUGGGGCGUACGUUGUUUAAAUGAUAUACCACAAGGAACUUAUAUAUGUUGUUAUGUUGGAAAUAUAUUAACAGAGACUAAUGCCACAGAACAAGGUAAAAAUCAUGGAGACGAGUACUUGGCAGAUUUAGACUUUAUUGAAGUAGUUGAGAAAUGCAAAGAAGAUUAUGAAGAAUAUGCUUAUUCAAGUGAACAAAACACUAAAUCUCAAAAACUGUCAGAAAAAACUAUAGAUAUAUUUUAUAGAAUUGCCAUACAUAGUAAUUAUUUUCAUUCCCAAAAACUUUUUUUAGAUAAGAACCUGGCCUCAAACAAUGCAUUACAAUUUUUGGAAUCUAGUAAUCUCAAACAUAAGUACUUUCCUUCAAAUAGAAACUGCUACAAACCUCGAAAAUCAGUACGUAACUACUAUGAUAAUUGCAAUAGCGUGUAUACCAUAAAUGCAAAAUAUAGAGGCAACAUUGGACGAUAUUUCAAUCACUCGUGUAAUCCUAAUUUAUUUGUACAAAAUGUAUUUGUGGACACGCACGAUUUACGUUUUCCAUGGAUAUCGUAUUUUUCGGAACAAUACAUACCAGCAGGAACAGAACUUACUUGGGAUUAUGGUUAUGAGAUAGGAAGUAUACCAGGAAAAAAAGUGGCUUGUUAUUGUGAUUCAGAUAAAUGUAAAAAGAGACUUCUCUAAAUGUAUAACUGUUAUUUAAGAAAAACUAAGCUGUGAAUUUUGAUGGUAUUUAAUUAAUAUGACAUAAUGAUAACAUUAUAACAUAGUUCAUAUUAUCUUCAAACCCGUUUCUGCCGGAAUGUAAAUAAUGUUUUUUAGUUUUAAGAUUUACUAACAAUAGUAAUACACCAAUGUAUAACUAAUUUUGAUA